UGUUUCUUGACAGGUUGGGUGGGUAGGUUGGGUUGGGAUUUUUGCACGUGAGCAAGAGCAACAGAACUCGUAAGGAUAGCAUGAAGAGGACUCGAGCGGAGGAAGUAGAGAAGGAUGCGAAGAAACGAAAACUUCUGGAUGAACUUGGAGAGAACUGCCUUCCAUAUCUGACGCCAAAAGAUGAUGGCUUCUACCAACUGUGGAAGGAAAAAUAUUCCAAAUUUAUCCUCAGGAACACCGAGAAGAUCCCAACAGACAUUCAUGAAGAAGUCCAAAAAGCUUUUUUCACUUUACGAAAACAUGCUUGUUUCUUCCAAGAUCUUGUAAGGAUCAAAGGGAAAGAUUUUGUUACCCCCAUAUCUCGUAUAUUAAUUGGAAACCCGGGAUAUACUUACAAAUAUUUGAACACAAGGUUAUUUACAGUCCCUUGGCCUAUGGAAGGAUAUGAAAUAAAUUAUUCGCAUCCUGAAAUAUCCCUGGCUUGUAAAGCGUUAAUCAGGCUUAAUGACUACUUGCAGAGAGAAUCCUUGCUGGCUUUGCAAGAGCAGGAUUUGGCCGAGACAACAGGAAUGCAAGAUUCUCCUGCCGGGGACGGGAAUCAAGAUUAUGCUACUAACAUUACAGAGAUGGACACUGUUUUGCAAGAUCAAAGCUCUUCUCUAGUCCCAAAGAAUGACUCUACCAUGAAAGAGAGAACAUCGUACAACCUGACAUUAUUAAAUUAUAUGGAUCCACAGAAAAUGCCGUCCUUGAAACUGGAGCCAUAUUUUGGCAUGGGGAGAAUGGCUGUUAGCUGGCACCAUGAUGAAAAUCUAAUGGAAAGGUCAACAGUGGCUGUCUACAGUUACAGCUGUGAAGAAAUUGAUGGUGGCGUCCUUGAAGAAAAAUCUGCGGAUGGCAGAGAUCCAGAUGUUUGGCAUGUUGCCUUGAAAGUAGCCUGGGAUAUACAGACUCCAGGCUUAGCAAUUCCACUUCACCAGGGAGACUGCUACUUUAUGCUAGAUGAUCUGAAUAUGACUCACCAACAUUGUGUGUUGGCUGGCCGGCAGUCAAGAUUCAGCUCUACCCACAGAGUGGCAGAAUGCUCAACGGGGACCCUACCAUAUAUUCUGGGCAAGUGUAAUGCAGCACUUGAGAAUUUGAACACUGAUGCUGAUUUGAGGUGCCCAUCUCUGAAAUCACUGGAAGUUGGAGAUAUAAAGCGAGUGGAAGAAGCUCACAGUGAGGUGGAGUUUGAAUGGUUACGACAGUUUUGGUUCCAGGGUCAACGGUACAGAAAAUUUACUGACUGGUGGGCCAAGCCAAUGGCAGAUCUGGAAGAACUCUGGAGACAAAUGGAGCUUGUGACAAGUCUACUGCUCAAUGAAUUACGAAAAGAACAGAUGGAGGAACAAAGAAAUGAAAAAAUCAGCUGCCUUCUCCCCCUCCUUAUUGAGCGUCAAGCGUUACGCCACGAAUGGCUCAUGAGGUGCCAUUCACCACUUUCAAAAAACUUACCCAAGGAUGAGAAACCCAAAUGCCACCCUUACUGGCAGGACGAUGAUCCCAGUAUGCCAUUACCCUUCAACCUUGAUGAUAUAAUAUUUGAACUACAGUCUAUUCUGGAAGAUUAGAAGUUUGGUCAGAAACGGGCAAGAGUUUUAUUGCUAAGAAACACCAAAGAAGUGCAAAGAAAAUGAAGAAGCCAGACUUAGUGAUGUUCAGUAGCACGAUCAAUUAAGAAAUUAAUCAAAGGACAUUACUGGAGUAGGAUUAUGAAAAGAAGAUUAUCCGAGAUCUGUUUUGGAGACAAAAACUCAGGCAAUAUCCAUACCAGGGAACAUUUCAGAUGGGUAAUGAGAAAUCAAGGGCCAACUGCAGACUGUUUUAAUGGCUUUUUUUUUGGUCUUCUGUUGCAUAACAAAGAAACACCGUCCACUUGCCCCAUGAAUCUGGAAAAUAUCAUUGUCCUACCUUAAAGGAUUGUUCUGAGCUUUACAAGAUAAAGAUGUGAAGUAUCCAGUUUGUUUUAUGUAGGGAAACAUUUUGAGUGCAUAGGAGAGAGAAAUAAAGUGCAUAGAAAUAAAAAUAAAAAUGGGUGCAUUUGGGGACCUGCAAGAUGCGCAUGGAGUGCCAACUUUUUGUUUGCUUUCACUGUCCUUGAUUACUGAUACAAAUAUCAUCAUCAUCAUCAUCAUCAUCAUCAUUUUGGGCGGGGGAGAGGGUGUUGGAUCCCUUCUUUAAGGGGCCAAUAUAAUAUUGCUGUGUUUUUGUGUGUUUUUAAUAAGAAAUAAAAAUUCCAAAAUAAGCUGA